AUAUACACACAUAUAGAAGUCUCUAGAUUCUCCCAGACUCUCUCCUCAUCAAGACUGCGUUAUUCUGAUAGAACUAGUUAUAUGACAUAUAUAUCGAUACACAUACAAAUAUAUGUGUAGAUGUGAAGUUGGAAGUCUCUAGAUUCUCCCACCCCUCAUCAAGACUCCGUUAUUCUGAUAGAACUCUCUCGACCUUCCUCUCUCUAUAAAUACCCUCCACCUCCAAUUUUCCCCAAUCAUCAACAUCUCCAAAUUGCUAUCUAUCAACAUUUUCCUCCUCUCCAAACACCUUCAUUUCCAAAUCUUCUGAGCUCUCACAUUGUUAUCACCAUUUUCAUUCAACUAAACACAUAUCCAUUUGCUAUCAGUCCAUUCUAAGCGGCCAUGGAAGACGAUUUUGAGUUCCCAAGUGCAGGGCAAAUGAACAAGAACGACGACUUCGACAUGGACAUGGACAUGGACCUUCCUGAGGAAGACCCAGUUCUCAAGGAUGGGGAAGAGAAGGAGAUUGGAAAGAAUGGGUUGAAGAAGAAGCUUGUCAAGGAAGGUGAAGGUUGGGAGACACCCAACAAUGGCGAUGAAGUUGAAGUUCAUUAUACUGGGACUUUGCUUGAUGGUACUCAGUUCGAUUCGAGCCGGGAUAGGGGGACACCGUUCAAGUUCAAGCUCGGCCAAGGACAUGUGAUCAAAGGAUGGGAUGAAGGUAUUAAAACAAUGAAGAAAGGUGAAAAAGCAAUCUUCACCAUACCCCCUGAGCUAGCAUAUGGCGAGUCCGGAUCACCACCAACUAUUCCGCCCAACGCAACCCUCCAGUUUGAUGUUGAGUUGCUGUCUUGGUCUAGUGUCAAGGACAUUUGCAAAGAUGGAGGAAUAAUCAAGAAGAUACUUACUGAAGGAGAGAAUUGGCAGAAUCCCAACGAUCCUGAUGAAGUAUUUGUAAAGUAUGAAGCCCGGCUUGAGGAUGGAUCAAUGGUUUCAAAAUCUGAAGGGGUAGAAUUCACUGUCAGAGAUGGGUAUUUCUGUCCUGCUUUGUCAAAAGCUGUGAAGACAAUGAAGAAGGGAGAGAGGGCACUUUUGACAGUGAAACCUCAAUACGGCUUUGGAGAAAAGGGCAAGCCAUCUAUUGGUGAUGAAUGUGCUGUGCCACCAAAUGCCACCAUUCAAAUAAUUCUUGAAUUGGUCUCGUGGAAAACUGUUUCAGAAAUUACCAAUGACAAGAAGGUUCUAAAGAAAAUUCUCAAAGAGGGAGAGGGUUAUGAGCGUCCGAAUGAUGGUGCAGUCGUCCAAGUAAAAUUAAUUGGGAAGCUGCAAAAUGGAACUAUCUUUAUGAAGAAGGGACAUGAUGACGAGGAGCCAUUUGAGUUCAAGGUAGAUGAAGAACAAGUUAUUGAUGGACUUGAUAGAGCUGUGAAAACAAUGAAGAAGCAGGAGAUUGCACUGGUAAUGAUCCAGCCAGAGUAUGCCUUUGGUCCAUCCGAAGCAGCUCAAGAAUUGGCCGUUGUUCCUGCUAAUUCAACUAUAUAUUACGAGGUGGAGCUGGUCUCCUUUGUGAAGGAAAAAGAAUCUUGGGACAUGAAUACUCAAGAAAAGAUCGAGGCUGCAGGAAAGAAAAAGGAAGAAGGUAAUGCCUUGUUCAAGAGCGGCAAGUAUGAGAGAGCCUCAAAGAGAUAUGAAAAGGCUGUGAAUUUCAUCGAGUAUGAUUCAUCUUUCAGUGAAGAGGAGAAGCAACAGGCCAAGGUGCUGAAAGUCACUUGCAAUUUGAACACUGCAGCAUGCAAACUGAAACUAAAGGAUUACAAGCAGGCGGAAAAACUCUGCACAAAGGUCUUAGAAAUUGACAGUAGAAAUGUGAAGGCACUCUACAGAAGGGCACAGGCAUACAUACAACUCGUUGAUUUGGACUUGGCGGAACUAGAUAUCAAAAAAGCCUUGGAAAUUGAUCCAAAUAACAAAGAUGUGAAGAUCGAGUAUAAAAAUUUGAAGGAGAAAGUGAAGGAGUAUAAUAAAAAGGAUGCACAGUUUUAUGGUAACAUGUUUGCAAAGAUGAAGAGAUUGGAGCAAAUUAAAUACUCUGCUGGUGCAGCAGCAAAGAACCAGACGGUGCCAAUGACUGUUGAUAGCAAGGCAUAAUGUUGAAGUUCUCGAGGAAGUGGUAUGUCUUAUCCGUGUUUCAUGUCAUGUAUGAUGUGUUGUAAGCUGCUACGAAGUAGAUUUGUGAAUUUUCGAGUGUCAAAAGUAAAUUCGAUUAUUGGAUUGUACCUCUAUAGCUCUUGAAUAAUAGAUCGUUUAGCUGUUAAUGUACAAAAUAUGUGAGCCUUACGGUGUGGAUUUUUACUUGUGUGCUUAGAAUUCUCUUCUUCUUCUUCAACCGGAUAUACAUGUUAAUGUGUUGUUGUA